GUCUCAAUCCCGCACCACCAUAUCCAGACCUCAACCAUCGCUCCACAUCGACCCCCCUGACCCGAUCACAAUGCUCAAAGGCAGCCUCCUCUACCCCCUUGUCGCAUCUCUAGCAAGCGCUUCGCCGGUGCUUGACAAAAGAGACAUCUGCAGCCACACCCCGGCCAACGGCCUCAUCGGCAAUGCGGUCGCGAGCGUAGCUUGCGCCCAAUUGACCAUCACCAAUGAAGGAUGCUCCGUGACGGUCAAGUUUCCGGCCGACAUUUACGGGGACUCCUUCACUUUCGACAGCGGAUCUAAGACCUUCAAGGCUUUGCGCAAGAGCAAGCUCACUUUCACCGCGACGCCGAAGCCCGGCAACAGCGCCGCGGUCUGGUCGGGCACGGGCGGAACCAGCAACCCCACCACCUACUCGGUUCCACUGGCUGGUCAGCCCGCCAGCAUUUCCGUCAAGUGCGCCGCCCCGCCGAAGUGCACUGCCGUCGGCCAACCUUGCAUCUUCGAAUACCCUGAAAACUGCUGCUCCCAGACGUGCGCCUGUAUUUCGGGAGUGUGCAAUUGUUUCGAAUUGUGAUUCCCCUAUCUUUGGACUUUGAUAAUAAGCAUUCUCCAUUUUCUGAAUCAACUCUACACCUAUGCUUCAAAACAAAAUCAUGCCCUUUGGAGUGGAGGCGAAUAAGACAUAGAUAUGACGCUCCGGAAAUUUUGCGUGUUCCAGAACCCAGAACAUCUAUCCGUUUGCGGGCGCAUGAUUCAUCAUUAUCCACCGAUUAAAAUCGCGCGCCCGGUGGAUCCAGGAUGCAAAGGGCUCGCUCUCUAAGUUACCCCGGUUUGUCUCCCG